GGCCAAAUCUCGGUGGCGCGUGUUGUCGCUUUGCUCGGAGGCGGGCGGAAGCGACAUUGAGGCUUGCCGGUGAUCAGAUCGGGAAGAAGAGGGCCCAUUUGAGGAGCCGGUCGAUCUCUACCACCAAGGACUCGAAGCGGAACCCACUCGGAUCGAAAAGUUGCAUUGUGCGCAUGCGGCAGCUGGAGACCGCGAGCAGCCGCGCGCACAUGAUUGAUGCGUGGACCGAGAGGGACGUCCGCGACGUUUGGUCCGACACCGGGAGGGGCACAGCGAAGCCAGUGACGACCCUCUGAUGUCCUCUGGCGCUGCCACUAUUCGUCCGCUGGCCCACGCUCUGUCCCUCGUCCUUUCGUUGACGCUACUGCAUUUGGCGUUGCUGCCCCCAAGACGGGCCUCAGCGGAGGCUGCACCAUCAGCGGCCCAACGUCGCGAGUCCCUACUGGUCACGCAGAUCUGCAUGGGAUCGCAGAGGUUCACCAACACCGUCAACCUUCUGCUGUCGUUCGCGCAGCGGGUGCUGGCCCAGCCCAGGCGGCUGGACAUCGGUGGAAACUUCGGUCUCAACUUGACGCUACGCGGACUCGACACGCUGUCUCUGCGGGGCACGGCGGAGACGUACUGCGACGAGAACGUUGCGCAGGCGUGGCUUCCGCUCAGUUUGUCGCCGACCAUCGUGCUCACUCUGAUAUCCCCGCUGCCAUACCUUCCGUACGUCCAGAAGGACAUCUCGGGCACGCUGAGCGGACUCGAAGCAAACGUCGGUGUGCGAGUGGACAGGAACGACCCCAACAGUCGUCUCGUGAUCUCGUCGCUCGAAGUCGUGAACGUGGACGCUAUCGACGUGGAGCUGAGCUCGUUCGCAGCCUUUUCCGGCACGCCGCUCACCUCGUUUUUCCAACUGCCCGGCAUGACGAGAAAGAUCGCGCUGCUGGCGCCCGUAGUGCGAGCCGCGUUGCAGACGUUCAUCGACCGCGGCGGGUUUAGUCUGUAAAUACAUGACCGUCUUCGCACAAUCAGCAACGAAAGCAAUGCGAUAAUGAAACAGCAGGCAACCUUGCUGUUCGUUGUGAUGAAGCUUGGCAGCUUCGCUAUAAGCGAUCAAAAACACGCAGUUGGACACUACUCACCUUCCCGUAUUAGACAUACACUACGUAUGGAAGUUCCUCUCACACAGCGUGUAAACUGUUGAAGUACAAACGCUUACAUUAUCGAGCUGCAUUCGUUGCUGAUUGUGCAAUUCCUUCUCAUGAAAUAAUUCAAUGGAUACGUUCAA